CAGUGCACAGCUUUUAACUAGAAAUUAAUAUAGUAUGAUUUUUAAAUACUUUUAAUGACACAUACUGUCAUUUUUGGUUUUGCUGCGUGAGCUUGAAUUGUUGCGCGCUGUGUGGGAAUGUCAGGCGGAGUGGACAGAAACCGCUUCAGGGGGAGGGUGAUGUGAUUCAUUGAGCCAUCUUCCGGCACGAUGGGUGAGGCACCGGUGAGAGAAGAUAGUACAGUGACACGAUCAGCAGAGUAUGUAGGCUCAUUUCCUGUGGAUGACAACUGUUUGGAUGACCAGAUUAAGCAGCUGCACACACAGUUGAAGUCCCUUAAAGCAUGCAAGAGAAGACGGCCAGUGUCCCUAAAGUUUUCCAUUAAAGGUGUGAAAAUGUAUAAUGAGGACGAAACAAUCCUCCUGAUGGCCCACGCUCUGCGGAGAAUCUCUCUUUCCACGGCCCGACCCGUCGAUUCACAGUUUGCCUUCGUCGCGCAUAACCCAGGCUGCCCAGACACCCAGCUCUACUGCCAUGUCUUUAAAGCAAGGCACGCCAGAGCAGCCCAGUUCCUGAACCUGCUGCUGUGCCGCUGCUUCCAGCUGUCGUACUUGGAGAAGCAUCCAGAAGAGGCCCAAAAAGAGACUGCUGGCUCACUGCCGCAUCGCAAGCCCUCACUGCUCAAUCACGGCUUUCCUCUUAGUGUCAGCGCCCUGGUUUCAUUCAGAAGAGCUCCUUUUGGUGGAUUAUUACCUGGCACUAAGAAAACUCCAAAGUCUUCAGAUGACCAACAAAGCAGCCAAGAUGAGGUCUUUCCCAUCUCCUCUCCCUCCCUGAUGCGCAAGAAAGUCAUACGCACCAAAGUGCUGCGCUCUGGUGCUUACCGCUCCUUCACUUUCACGCCACGCAAGCAGCGCACCAUUCAGGAUCAACUGAGUGUAACUCAAGAAAAGGAUCUAGACAAGUCACCAGCAAAACGAUCCCGGGCUCCAAGCUUGGCCGAAACAGAAGAGGCACUAGCUCAGGCAGUGUGGUGUUGGGCUGGUAUCGCAACUGAGAGCAGCUAUUCACUGCUUGCAGAUGAUGUUCUGGGAUCCUACCUUCUGUGCCAACAUCCAAAAAAACCUAAAUGUGGCUCUCUAAUCAUUCGCUUCCCCUCAGGACCGAUCACCCACCUUAUUGAAAACACCCGUAAAGGGAAAUUCGUGCUGGAGAAAUGCAAGACUGAAUUCAAUUCCAUGGCUGAGCUGAUUGAGCACUACACAGAGACUGAGGACGAGCUGCCAUGUCUGUUGAGCUAUGCCCGGGUGAACCACUGCUAUGAGUGGGAGGAAAACGUCAGCAAACAGCAGCCCGUAAAGCUUCAGCCCAAACGAAGCCGAAAUUAAAAGUACCCACAGAAACGAAUGGGUGUAAACCCUGGACACUGGAACAUGUGGACUGCCAACCUCAGAGGGCACAAAAUAAGCGACACUGAGACACUGAUCAUUUCUUUUGCACAUUUAUCUUUUAAUCUGUGUUCUGGUGUGGGAAGGUUUAACUGUAAAACAAAGUCACUGUUUAAUAGUGUUGGCACUUAACGUGAACAGUAUGCAUUUCCUAAGAGGGUACUUGUGUGUUAAAGAUAUAUUUUGUGGUUCCUGAUUUUAUUAUUUUUAUUUCAACAUAAGCUUUUAAAAAAUAUAUUUUUUAUUUGUGCCUAUAAAAAAUCAGAGGAGGGUUUUUGUUUCCUUUUUUUCUUUUUUAGACAUGAAACUAAGAACCUGAAUCUGUCAAGGGGAAUUAAUCACUGAUUACUGCACCUGAUGGCAAAGCCACACUUUUUCUUGUUUCCUUGUCUAGUAAAUAUGUUACUGAAAUAUAUUUAGUAAAACUUUUACUCCUCUUUAUUCAUUUUUUUGUAUCCAGUUUGUUUAGCUGAUAAUGUCGUUUCUGUUAAUAUGACUAAAUUCUGUUCAAAGUUUUCAUUGGUCGAGUAUAAAUGGUACAAAAUGAUUUCGAUCAUUCUCUGGGAUUGUGGUUAUCAUGUUGUGUCGUCUUGACUAUAGUUGAUUUGUUCAUAGCUGGCACACCAUCUACCUGCACCUCCUACAUUAGUUUCACAACAGAAGAUUGUGAUUAUUAGCAAAACAUUAAAUAACAACUGAACAUAA